AUGAAACUUCAAAACUUUAUACCCGAUGUCAUAUUUUUAGGAUGUCUGGCAGUGUUCACAAAAGCGGAACCAUAUCUAACCAUCUGGAACUAUGUUCACCACAAACGUUAUGGAUCUUUUCCUGAAGAAGACCAUAUCAGUCUUGUCUACAUGCUCGGUGGCAAUUUCAUGACCCGUCUCAUGUUCAUGCAACACUUCAAAAGUGUCUUGAGCUACUCAGAUCACUACUUCCGAUUGUAUUUUAUUGUGGACGAUGAUAACAUGCAAGAUGUUCAAGAUCUUAUGGCAUCGUGGAAUAUUUCUAAUUGUGAUUGGUUUUUCUACAAUCUCACCGAGUAUGAGGAUCGCGUCAAAUGGAUUCCCAACUCUCAUUAUUCAAAGUACUACGGAUUAAGCAAACUUUUGAUUCCAGAAAUUCUACCGGAUACUUUGGGGAAGAUAAUGUUUGUGGAUAUUGACUUUGUAUUCCGCACGGACAUCUUCCAUUUAUGGCAAAUGUUCCGGAAUUUUGACCGAAAUCAAUCUUUGGGAAUGACGGAGAAUUUAUCGGAUUAUUAUUUGAACAAAAAUGGAAAGAAGUCGGUUUGGACUGCAAGGGGACGUGGAUUCAACACAGGGGUGAUUAUGAUGGAUUUGGAUAGACUCAGAGACAUGGAUUUCAAAACCAAAUGGAGAGCGGUGGCUAACAAAUAUUUGAGAAUACAUGGAAAAACUACCAUGUCGGAUCAGGACAUUUUCAACGCCUACCUCUACGAAUAUCCACAAGAAGUCAAAACCCUUCCAUGCGCUUGGAACUAUCAACUUGGAGUUCUAUCGAAAUCCGAUAAGCUUUGUUUUGAAGAACCUCAAGCCCUGCAUUUUAACUCGCAGAACAAAACGGUUAGAAAGAACUAUCUGCUCUACAAUGCCGUUCGGAAGGAGAUUGAUGGAAUUGAUGGAACAGAGCUACGCAAACGACGAUCGCUGGUUUCCACACAUCCAGCACCCAGCUCUCCAACACCUUCUAAAACCAACACAUGUGAACAAUUCCUACCAUUACAAAACUUCCGAGUCCUCCCGAAUGCUCUAGGAAAAAUCAAAGAGAAUCCAGAAUUAUGUCUGGUCACGCAAUUUUCCAAGGAUCGUCUCCACAGUUUUGUGAAAAACGCAAGGAAAUGGAAUCGCCCAAUUUCUGCAGCAAUUUACGGGAAGGAUUCAGAUUUGGCUGAAAUCGCUGAUGUUAUAAAAGCUCUAAACCGCUCAGAUAUUGCUAUUCACAUGGUGUUUGAGGAAGAAUCGACGUAUCCGAUCAACUUUUUGAGAAACGUAGCUAUUAACCAUACUGAAUGCGUGAAUAUGUUGCUGGCAGAUGCUGAUUUUAUAAUUUAUGGAGAUUACAAAGAGCUGGAAGACCAGGCUAGAAACUUAACUGAGAAAGAGGUUUUGGUAAUUCCUGCAUUUGAAACUACAAAUGCUUCGAUGACAGAUGUUUCUAAGUUCCCGCAAACCAAGAAAGAUGUGGUUUUGUCGUUUUUCAAUAAAACAGUGCAAAUGUUCCGUGGGAAAUCUUGGCCAAAUGCACACAACGCAACAAAUAUCGUCGAGUGGAUUGCAGCGGAACAUGUCUAUUCGGUCAACUACAACCGAAACUACGAACCCUAUUUUAUCAUCAAGAAAACAAGUUUCCCAAUGUAUGAUUUGCGUUUCGGCGGCUAUGGAUGGAAUAAGGUGACCCACGUUUUGCACCUGCGCAUGUUAAACUUCAAGUUCCUGGUCUCCCCGUCCAGCUUCAUGAUUCAUCAAGACCACACCAUCUCUGAAUCGCUUGUUCGUUGGCGUCAAGAUUCUCACUAUCAAAAGUGUCUUCACGACUUGAAAUAUCAGUUUCUCCGAGAAACUGCUACAAUGCUUGGUUUUGAGCUACAUGACUAG